UUAAAAUCACAUAUUAUAUGACGCGUUUCCGAGUUUUGUAUUUAUGCAAACAUCCUACGUGUACUUUCCAAUCUGUAUCCCAUCUUAAAGUAGCAGAUCACUUUUGAAAAAAAUAAUGACAAGUCAGAUGUUCAUGAUGAUAUUCGUUUAUUUAAAGUGAAGAAGGUAUAAUUCUACAUUAUUUCAAUAGCUACUUUGGAUUACAAACUGUGUAUAUAUCCGUGACGUUCUAAAAUUUACUGUAGAAAUCUCAGUGGCAGAAAUUAAAGAUAAUAAUUAUGAAAAGACAAGACUUUAAACAUUUUGCAAUAGGCAUCAUCGCUUUUUUGGUUGUAUACUUAAUAUUCAGACAUUACCUAUUCGAUAAUAAAACGUCCCCAUUAGCGAAAAGAAAGCGGCCACUACACAAAGACAGCAACAUAGCUUUGGUACUAGAAGCAGCAUUACAGAUAAAAGAUCGACCUGUUAUGAUGACAAUAGUAAAUGAUGGAUACAUCAACUUAGUUAAAAGCUGGAUAUGCAAUACGAAACACAUGGGAUUUCAUCAGCAGGUCAUUAUAAUAGUGACAAGUUCUCAAGGAAUUGACGAGAUAAAGAAACUAUCAUCAGAUGUCACUAUCGUCGCGUUGGAUGUUGAUCAAUCAAUGAAUGGACACCAAGAAUAUAGCCAUGUUGGAUAUCUCAAAAUUAUGGUACUCAGAACUCAGAUACAACUCGCCUUACUUCACAAUGAUAUUGAAGUAUAUUCUUUUGAAUGUGACUCCGUAUUUUUUGCAAACCCGUUGCCUAAGCUCAGAGCACAUUCUGGUGAGCAUGAUAUUGUAUUUAUCAGUAACUACCAGCGACCUAAAUCAAUCAAUGGUGGAUUUCUGUAUCUUUUCCCAACCCCGGCAGCAAAGGCAACAUUUGAACAGCUGAACAGAAUGAUGCUUAAACUAUAUUCAAACAUUAGAAAUCAACCAUCAGACAAAUUUAUACCAACGUAUGAAAAUGAUCAGGUUUAUCUGUCGACUCUAGUUACAGAGAAAUAUGCAGGUCUUAAAUCUACUAUUUUGCCCUUUUCCAUAUUUUCAGACGGUAAAUGGUACGACAUUUCUGAGGAGGAUCGAAAACUAACUUAUCCAUUUUUAAUACACAAUAAUUGGAUAAAAGGUAAUAUAGCAAAGGAAGCUAGGGCUAAAAAGUGGAAACAUUGGUUUUUAAAAGAUGAUGGUUCGUGUGAUUUCGAUUGGGCAAAGGAUGUUACUAAAACAAUAAUUUAGUAGAUUGUAUCAUUUUUUUCACAAACGCCAUUCAUGAUAUCAUGUGUAUUACGAUUUUUUAUAGUAUGUUUACAAUGUAAAUAAAAGUUUUCGAACUAA